AUGUCGACUCAAGCAACCACCCCGUUACCCCCAGUCGGGAAGCUCGUGAGCGUCGUGCCGGUUGGUCUCAAAGAGGCCGCCCUCGACUCCCCAACCUUCCGCGCUACCACCCACCACUUCUGCGAUCAGAUCGAGUUUGUCGAGAAAUGGCUUGACGGAUACGCCAAAGCUGCGACCAAACUGGCCUCCGAGCUGAACACUCUGGAGAGCGUAGUCGGCAGCUUCCUCUCCUACUCCACGCACCCGCUGGUGAUCUCCGAGGCCGUUGUUGAUCAUGAUUACACUCUGUUGGCGAUGAGGAGAUGUGGGGAAGGCUCAAAGGACCUGUGGAGUGGAUUGGUUGCGACGACAAAGAAGAUGGAAUCGAUGAUCGCCGAGCCCAUCCGAGCCUUCGUUCAAGAAGACUUGCGACAAUUUAAGGAGAACCGUCGAGCCCUCGAACACGCGCAAAAGUCCCCGAUAUGCUGCUCAGUCCAAGUCCAAGGAAACUUCCGCCUGCGAGAGGAAGCUUUCCAGCUGCAUGAAGCCCGCAAGAUCUACCUGAAGACGUCACUCGAUUUCUCGGUCCAGGCCCCUCAGACUCGCAAUGCACUAGACCGGCUCCUGGUUCGCAUUUCUUUCGAUCAAUGGCGCGAAUUCCGCUCCUUCCAUAAUAAUAAUAGCGCGACCUUCUCGAAGUGGUCGAAUGAGAUGGAUCGUGUCAAGGGUUGGGUCCACGAAAUGGAGGCUAGUGAUAGAUCUUCUAAGCGCGAACUUUUUGCAACCAGAAAACAAAUCGAGGAAGCUGCGGAAGUGGCGGCGCGGCCAUCCCGUGAACUCGAGGAUUACUCCAUUUCCACAGUUCCGUAUCUCGGAUCUCGGCCACUGUCAACAUUGAACAUGGGCAAGGAUGCCAGACCAGAAAAACAAGGCUGGGUCAAUUUGCGCACCCAAUACGGAAAACCGACUCGAACAGUAUGGGUGAGACGAUGGGUUUUCUUGAAAUAUGGUAUCAUCGGAUGUCUUGUGCAGGGUGCUCGGACUGGCGGUGUCGAAGAGAGUGAACGGAUCGGCGUGUUGCUGUGCAGCGUCCGUCCCGCUUUCCAGGAAGAACGUCGUUUCUGUUUCCAGAUCAAAACCAAGAACAGCACCAUAGUCCUGCAGGCGGAAACACAAAAGGAACUGAUGGAGUGGAUUGGUGCCAUUGAGGCUGCUAAGCAGAAAGCCUUGGAGAAUCCUUCUAGCACUGAUAUGUCGAUUUCCGGCAAAGUGACCGUCCAAGAUCCCGCAUUUUCAAUCUCUCAGCCUCCUGCGCCGGAAUUCACAGCAGAUCCAACCGAUUCGCUGACGCCCCACACGGCCGAUGAGCCAAGUAGCACCGAGCGCAGCUCAACAUUGCCUGUUCCUGAUCACGAGGCUUUCAGAAAGAGCUCCGAUGUGGGAGGCCGCAGACUGACCGGCUUGGACCAUGAGGGAUCGACCAGAGAUCACGCCCGGGAACAUACGAACCGAAUUAUUCAGAAGCUGGAUCUUCAUCGCAAGUCUAAUAACGCGGCGCCUACGUCCCCUUCAAUCCCCGGCCCUGCAAGUGGAAUAGCAAGUCUUAUUUCGGCUAGCCACAACGUCCUUCCCUAUGCUGGCGCUGCUUCGGUCAAUGUGGCCGAGAAUGGUCAACAUAGGGGCCGCAGCCUGAGCAAUCUUGAGGAACCUGGGGCAAAUCUGGCACCUGGUACCCUUGCAAACCCGCCUGCUCCAACAAGUAUGAGUAAAGCUGCCGUGGUCGUGAGUAAUGAAAGGGGCAUAGGGCUAGGACACGUUGACAGCACGGGUGGCAUGCCUAGUGGUAUGAUGGCCAAUCUAUGGGGUAGCUCGAAUUGGGGUUUCAUCAAUAAGCUCCAACGAGAGAAUCCCGAUGGGGACCAUGAAUCGAUAUCAGAUCGACCUUCGUCGGCGAAGAGUGAUUCUUCUAAACGAACUUUUGCUGUGCACCCAGAUAAACCGACUGUUCCCCCAACCUCUGGGCAACCGAGCGGGCCACGCCAUAGACAGACAGUGAGCCUGGAUGGAAACGCAUCCAAGCUCCAGCGAGCUGCCGUUGAGGCUGCCGUGGAGGCCGCUGUGGGUGUUGCUCCACAGGAGUACCCUGCUAACUAUCCUCAACAACUGAAAAUUCAGGAUUCUCAGUUCCGAUUGCUUUUCCCCGAUGUCAAAAGAGAGGAGUCCUUGGUCUUGGUAUUUAGGGCAACUUGGAGUCCAAACGACCAGCAAGAAUUCCCUGGCAGAGCUUAUGUCACAACCGAAAACAUUUACUUCUACAGCCACCACUAUGGACUGGUGUUAACAACCAGCGUCUCAUUGGAGAGCAUCAAAGAAGUGACAGCGGCCCCAGGAAGAGACUGUGAUUUCCUUUUCCUGCACACAAUUCCUCCCCUGGGAAGUGACACCCCCGGAAGGAUCGCAAUCAAGACUUUCCUGGAGCCUCUUCGGCUGCUUCAGAAACGUCUCAGCUACCUGAUUCAAGGAUCAAUUGCAGUUGAGCCUAUGAGCGUGGAGAAUGUUAUCAGGGAUCUGAUAAAACUGGACAGUGGGCCUACGAAGAGGUCUUCAAGCGUAGAUAGCUGGGAAGACCUUUCUGGCCCUGGGGAGUCUAAGGGUGACAACAAUCUUGUUGCCCACGGAUACGGGAAGGACCUACGUGUUCCAAUCUAUAUCGACAAGGAUCUUGACCUUGAUGGUGGUAAAGGUCGUGGGCAGAACAUUCCGAAGUUCAGACUUCCUACUCAACCUGUCGAAUAUGUCCCCCAGGGCGAUCUGAAAUUAGCAGUUGAGAAGAUUUUGGAUAUUAGUCCUAAGGCUCUCUUCCACAUUCUCUUCGGUGACAAGAGUGCUGUUUGGCAGCUUAUGCUCCAUGAGAGAGAAGCUCGAGAUAUCAAACAAGGGCCUUGGGCGAGCAAUGAAUCCCGGCAUCUUAGGCGAGACAUCAACUAUACGAUCGCAACGACGAACGCCUUAGGCCAAUGCAAUGACAACGACAUAUUGGAUUACCAAAUCAUUGAUGUCUUGAAUGAUCAUCUGUGCUAUGUUAUUACUGACAAACGCACGCCGUGGCAUCUACCACUCCGAAGAUCUUUCCGGCUGGUGAGCAAGGUCGUGAUUACAUUCGUUUCGAAAUCCAAGAGCAAACUUGCUAUCUACACCAAGGUCGAGUGGCUUAAGUCUCCACUCGGACUGAAGAAUAUGAUCAGCAAGAAAGCGAGCGACGAUCUCGAACAAGAUGCCCUAGAUCUCGUCGACCUUGUGAAUGAUCAGGUCCGCCGCCUUGGUGCACAUAGUCGCACCAAGAAGGCUAUCACUAUAUUCGGCCAUGUUGGACGUCAGAAUAGCGUUUCCCACUUUGCAGGAGUUGGUGCCAAUUUGAAAUUGGAGCCUCGCAAACGGCGAACCCAGCGGAGUAUGCACCAGCUGCUAUUGGAAACAUUCCUAUCCUUCAUGGAAAGCACCAUCUCCUUCUUGAUGUUGGCGUCGUUUGACAUCUUGCGCUGGUCUUGGAAGACCGUGAGCGCCCACAAAGUCAUCUUAGUCUUGCUGAUAUCAAGUGCGCUCAUGAAUGGAUUCUACUCGUCUCGCGAUACCUGGGACUGGUGGCAUGAGAGACACGCGAGCAAUUUCAUGGCUCGAAUUGGAGUGCAGCCGAACCUGGUCAUGAGCAAGGCGAUUUACAUCCAAGAUAUCGACGAGGCAAUUGCCAACACGACAAUUUGGCCCAGCAACGGAAACGCCAGCACGUGUUUCAGUACGUUCCACGAGAACUCCAUGCGCUAUUCAGAACUCCCCCUUUCCCUCAGCACUUCCGGGCUUAGAGACGCAGUGGCCAAGAGCGCCGCUAAGCGCUUCCAGCAAACGCGGGAGCGUCUUGGCACAUACCGAUACAAUCUUCUCGUUGCUCUGCGCGUGGUGAACAGCAUCGAGAAAGAAGUCGUUCAGAACGAAUGGGAACGCUGGCUCCGCGAAGAGCUACGACGUUGUCGACAGGUCGAACUUCUCCUGAGUGGCAAUAGCGAAGAGGGUGAAGCAGGCGCACAGGCCCAAGCAGAGCGCAUCUUUGCUGAAAAUACCGGCAGCGUGACAGAAUGGUACGACAGGUAUUGCUCAAGCUGUCGUUUGGAGCAAGAGCAGGCCCUGCAGAAUGGAGCUGAAAAUCUGCUUGUUUGA